AUGCACUCCCUGGGAGUCUUCGUAUUUGUUGUCUUUCGAUCGGCGGGGGGGCUGGUUGAGGCUGCAUCUGGCCCGUUAGGUCAGCUUGGGGGACCAGAUAUGGUGUGGCGUUUCCUGCGAUGGAUUGCUGGAAUGGCGGUCCGCGGUGGCCUCGUCGUGCUCAUUCGAUGUCGCCAAAGUCCUACUAAGCAGGCUGUUCGGGGAGUAGUUAUUAAUUGGCCCAAAGGUGUUUCCAUGCUAAUUUCUGGUCUUAUCUUAGUAACAAUGUCUGCUCGAGGAAAGAGGGGACAGCAGUCAUCCGAGACAACUACCACCACGACUAGACGUACAACGUCUGUCACCGUUCCAUCCUCUACGUCAUCAACGGAUCGGCGACGCCAACGGUCAGUGAGUCCACUGAACAUUUCUCGUAAUGAGGAGAAGGAAGAGUUGGCUGAACUGAAUGAUCGUCUUGCCUCGUAUAUCGACUAUGUCCGCAAAUUGGAGAUGGAUAAGGAAAAUCUCAAGCGUAAAAUUAAAACCUACUCAGAGGAACGUCUGAGUAAGCACGACGAUGCACGAAAUACCUACGAGUCGGAGAUCGCCUCCCUCCGCCGCCUUGUGGACGACCUAGCCAAGCAGAAGGCGGCGGCGGAGGUGGAGGCGGAGAAGCAUAAGGAUGAUGCGAAAACGACCCAAUCAAAACUGAGCAAACGGGAGACGGAGGUGCGUGGGCUGCAGCGUCGUGUAGAGUGCCUCGAACGUGAUCUUUCUGCCUACAAGCAGGAUCAUGACCGUUACGAGGCACUCAAGCCCGACUACGAUGCUCUAGAGAAGCGCUGCACCGCUCUGCGGCGCGAUCUUGACGCGGAAACGGUGCUGAGGAAUGAUCUUGAGAAUAAAGUGGCAGGACUAAAAGAGGAAUUGAACUUUAAGAAUUGCCUGCUGGAGGAGGAGCGAUCGAAGGCGGUGGAGAGGACUAUCACGGUGGAGAGUGAGAUUGAGGAUAGGAAGGCAGCGGAGUAUGAGUCGAAGUUGUAUGAUCAACUGCAGGCCUAUCGGGAUCAAACUGCGGAGGAUUUGAUGGCUUAUAAGACUGAAAUGGAACACACGUUUGAGGUCAGUUGCAACCUACAGCGAUCCAAACAGAACGCAAUUAUGUUUAGAAACUAUUACACAAGUAAAUUGACUAAGCUAAAUCAACUGCGAGCAGCUAACAGCGACGCCUCAAAAGAGACGGACCGUCUGCGCGACGAGCUUCUGGUGGUGCGCAAGCGCAGUGACGAGUUGGAGCACGAAUUGGCCAAGAAGGUGGCCGAGGUGGAUCUGCUGAAGCGCCGGGUGGAUGAAGUGGAGCGCAUGCGUCGGCACGAGCGCGAUGACUACGAAAAGCGCCUUGCUCUCCAACGCGAGGAGCUGGCGUGCCUCCAGCGGGAGCUGGAGAUCCAUUUCGCUGAGUUCGCAGAUCUCAUGAACACCAAGGUAGCGCUGGAUCAGGAAAUUCUCAUGUAUCGCAAGAUGCUCGAGGGUGAAGAGACGCGCCUCAACAUCCCGGUGGGUUGUGUGCGUGAGACCCCGUUUGCUGCGGGUGCGAAGCGUAGACGUCCAGUGAACGUGGACUACGACGAGGAGGAGGGGGAGGAGGAAGACGAGGGCAUCCACUCCACCGGCACAAGCUCCCUCGGUGGCUCCGUGCCGCGGGUCACCUACCGUGUGGCCACCAACUCCAACGGCAACAUCGAGUUCGCCCCUGACCAAAAUGAAAUGGGCAAAUGCGUGAAAAUUAUCAACUCCUCUGACGAGGCACGUUUUAAUAUCGAAACCAACAUAGGGAAUUGGGUGCUGAAGCAAAAGGCGGACAGCUAUGAAGUCACCUUCAAAUUCCCCCGUUCGCUCAUUCUUCAACCUGGGGCUAGUUGUCAGGUUUGGAACAGUGAUUCUGGCGCCGCUAAUGACCCUCCCAAAGAUUUGGUUAUGAAGAAUCAGUCCUUUAAAAUGGGCACCAACAUAAGCUUUUCUCUGAUUGGAAAUGACAAGGAGGAACAAGCCAAUUGUCAAAUUACACGAGAGUAUGUUCGCUAUCCUCGAUUCCAUUCUCGAGCGCAGUCGACGCAACCGCCAGAAGAGAAGUGUGUCCUGAUGUAA